GUGCGGGCCACCAGAGAAUCCGAUCAGCGUCAAUCAUGGCAGACGAUGGCAUGUUUCUCAACUUCAGUGUUGGGGAGCCCAUCGUUACUCAGGCACAGAAGUUCACUGGUGGGUCAUGGCGACACCGCCUGAAAGCGAAACGAUGGGCUCAACGAGGCGGCCGGCCUCGAGACACGAAUGAUCCAAACAAAGUACCCUUGCAAUCACGACGACAGACCAAGGAGCAGACAGAAAACUUUGGAGAUUCGAGACCUGCAAAGAGAAGGCGUGAAGAUAACUACACACCCGGAGCAGUCCAGGCCGGUGGAAAUAUCCAUAAAUCUCACGAUCAAAAACCCUCAAAGGGCCCGCGCGAGGUUAUCUCGUCCCUGUUCACUUACAACCCAAAGUCAGUUACAACCGCAGAAAGGGAACAAGAGAAGGUCACAGAAGAGGAGGCGGCAGUGCCUUCAAAUGCACCACUCGUGGACGGUAUAGACACUUUUACCUCACUCGGCCUGUCUCCUACAGUGGCUGCACACCUCUUGACCAAGAUGAACCUCAAGAAUCCCACAGCCAUUCAAAAAGCAGCCAUUUCCCAGAUGUUGAAAGAAAACAGUGACGCGUUCAUACAAUCCGAGACUGGAUCCGGCAAGACCCUCGCAUAUCUCUUGCCAAUUGUCCAACGGAUCAUCACUAUGGCUGAGUCGGAAAAGGGAGCAAGCCAUGCUACCCGUGACCCAACAUUACAUCGAGAUUCGGGCCUCUUUGCCAUCAUCCUCGCGCCAACACGAGAACUGUGCAAGCAGAUUUCGGUCGUCCUUGAACGCUUACUCGGCUGUGCUCACUACAUUGUUGCUGGCACAGUGAUAGGUGGUGAGAAGAAGAAAUCUGAAAAGGCACGGUUACGCAAAGGUCUGAAUAUUCUAGUCGCCACGCCCGGUCGAUUGGUUGAUCAUCUUGACAACACCAAAGUUCUAGAUAUCAGCACUGUCCGUUGGCUCGUCCUUGACGAAGGUGACCGGCUCAUGGACCUUGGGUUUGAAGAGGACAUCACCAAAAUUGUCAAGGCACUUGAUGAAAAGAAGCGCAAAUCAAGCAGACCAGGUCUUCCUGAUGAGCGAACGACAGUUCUCUGUUCUGCGACUCUGAAAAUGAAUGUUCAGAAGCUUGGCGAAAUAAGUCUGAAAGACGCGGUGUUGAUAAAGGGGGAGUCAACUGACGAUGAGGCUGACCGAGAAGAUGACGGUGCCGGGUCUGCUUUCCUGGCUCCUGCACAGCUCAAGCAGUCUUAUCUCGUCACAGCUUCAAAGCUACGACUUGUCACGCUGACUGCUCUCCUCAAACGAACUUUUGCACGCAGAGGUUCCGUCAUGAAAGCCAUUGUCUUCGUCUCUUGUGCUGACUCGGUCGAGUUCCAUUACAAAGUUCUCACGCGUUCCUCAGCUGAGGACUCGUCCAUAACAGACAAGCCCACCUCCGCAACAACAUCAAAACCACCUACUCCUCCAGCCUCGUCCUCUGACCCCGAACCAGAUAGCGACUCUGAUGCUGAAACAACACCGAAAAAAGACAAGUCUAGUUCCUCAAAAUCCACAGCCAAACUCCCAGCGAUCGACCCAAGCGCAGAUGCAAUCUCUCCAUCCCCUAUACUUUCUACACCAGCCAAUCCAAUAACCGUAUACAAACUACACGGCUCUCUACCGCAGGCCACCCGCACAGCCAUUGUCCGCCACUUUGGAACAACCACGGCGCCAUCUCUGCUCAUCGCGACGGACGUUGCAUCUCGUGGUCUCGAUCUUCCCAACCUCGACCUCGUCAUCGAAUAUGACCCCGCGUUCAGUUCAGACGACCACCUCCACCGCAUAGGUCGAACGGCCCGUCUUGGUCGGGACGGUCGUGCUGUCGUGUUUCUUCUGCCUGGAAAGGAGGAAGGGUACGUCGACGUACUACGGAAAUCGUACAAACCUUCCUCUGACGCCGACACGAGCCGAAACGUCACCCACCAGGCAGCGGAAGAUGUGCUGAAGAAGGGGUUUAGCCCCCUGUCCGGAGUUGUGCCGACGAAGAAGACCACCUCGACAGGUAGAGACGGCGGCGUAACGACAGGGAACAACAACUGGGAAGCCAUCGCAACCACCUUUCAGCUCGACGUGGAACGCUGGGUUCUGUCGUCGCAACCGAAUAAAGACCUCGCAAAACGCGCGUUCCAGUCACACAUUCGCGCUUACGCGACCCACGUCGCCGCGGAGAGGAAGUACUUUGACAUUAAAGAAUUGCACUUGGGUCAUCUGGCCAAGGCAUUUGGGUUGCGCGAUCCGCCUGGAAGGGUCAACGUCGUGGGCCAGCGUGGUGGUGGCGGUAGCGCGAAUUCCAAGAAGCGAGGACGUGCAUCUAACGUUGCAGGACCCGGACAGGUUGAUGGAGACACAAGAAAGAAAGCCGUUGAAAUGGACGAGGUAGACGACACGGACGACGCGGCCAGGAAGAUGCGUGAGAAGAUCCGGAAAAACAGGGCGCUCAUGAUGGGCAAGGGUGCCGACGAGUUUAACAUUGCUUGAGAUUUGAUGAAUCAAGUUGGAAAAUCUCAAGCAUGUGUAUCCACGGCGAUGUCUCUUUUCUCUUAACCUCGAGUAGCUAAAUAGUCGUGAGCGUUCAUAUUCUUAAGCAGUAGUUUUUUUGUAAUUUGCUUC